AUGGGUGAGGCCAGUUACUCUCAGCAGCUCCCGGCAUGCCCCGCGGCGGCGCUGGGCUGGAGCAGGAGCUGGAGCGGCGCGGCCUGCAGGAGGCCGGAGCCCGGGAAGGCGGCGGCAGCAGCGGCGUCGGGGGCAGUCGGGGCAGCAGGAGCCCCGCAGCCUGGGCCUGCGCUCCGCGCCUUGAGCAGCGGCGCAUCUUCAGGGAAUGGCCCUGGGGGCUCUGGCCGGGAGUGGACCAGCUUGUUUGUGGAGUCUGGUGGCGGAGGCGGCAGGAAGGCGGCGGUCGGGGCCAUGGGUGGGGGCGUGGGUCCCGUGAGCUCUGGGGGUGACCCGAGCAGCAGCAGAGGAACAAUCAGCCGCAGCCCCGGGUCGGGCACCAGCUUCCCGCCGCCCGGAGUGAAGCUGGACGGUGACAGCAGGAAGGUGACCACAGUGGUAGCCACCCUAGGCCAGGGCCCAGAGCGCUCCCAGCAGGUGGCUUACACAGACAUCAAGGUGAUUGGCAGUGGCUCCUUUGGGGUCCUGUACCAGGCACGACUGGCCAAGACUGGGGAGCUGGAGGCCAUCAAGAAGCUUCUCCAGGACCAGAAGUUCAGGAACCAAGAGCCGCAGAUUAUGUGUAAACUGGACCACUGCAAUAUGGAGUUGAGACACUCUUUCUACUCCAGUGGGCAGAAAAAAGAUGAGCUCUACCUAAAUCUGGUGCUGGAAUAUGUGCCUGAGAUGGUGUGCGGGGUGGCCCACCAUCUCACCAAGGCCAAGUUGACCAUCCCUAUCAUGUAUGUCAAGGUGUACAUGUACCAGCUCUUCAGCUUGGCCUAUAUCCACUCCGAGGGCGUGUGUCACCACAACAUCCAGCCCCAGAGUCUGCUGGUGAACCCCAGCACUGCUGUCCUCAAGCUCUGCAAUUUGGGCAGUGCAAAGCUGCUGGUCCCGGGGGAGCCUAACCUCUCCGGAAUAUGUUCUGGCUACUACCCGGCCCCCGAACUCAUCUUCGGAGCCACUGAUUACACCUCAUCCAUCGAUGUGUGGUCAGCUGGCUGUGUCCUGGCCGAACUCCUCCUGGGCCAGCCCAUCUUCCCUGGGGACAGUGGGGUAGAACAGCUGGUAGAGAUCAUCAGGGUGCUGGGAACACCUACCCGGGAGCAGAUCCAUGAGAUGAACCCCAACUACAUGGAGUUCAGGUUCCCCCAGAUUAAAGCCCAUCCCUGGACAAAAGUGUUCAAAUCUCAGACACUGCCUGAGGCCAUUGUGCUCUGCUUUAGCCUGCAGGAGUACACCCCGUCCUCGAGGCUCCCCCUUCUGGAAGCCUGCACCCACAGCUUCUUUGAUGAGCUCGGAUGUCCAAUGACCUGUGUGCCAGUUUGA